CUGUGACUCGCGCUCAUUGGUAGCUCAACUGUCAGCAGCCCCAGCAAAUGAGCCACUACAGCCGGAGCAUCGUUCACUCGCGGAUCUUAUAAUGCUCUCACGGUUAAACUUAUUUUGUUUUACUCACAUGCCUUUAUAUUGUCCGUUAAACAGCUAGCGUUUGACUUUAAAGCGCUUUUCGGGGAAACUUUUUUCGUUGUAUACGAACACUGAGGGAAGGAAAACAGCGAAUUGCGAUGGAUGCCUUGAAAUUGAUUUUAUUUGUUUCAACACUGAGCUUCAGGUUUUUCGCUGUUGGUGCUGUUCAGAUGUGUGACGUGGUAAAUGAGAUUGAGCUGGCGAGAGAGAGAUGUGAGAAUAACACAGCAGGAAACGUCACAUCAGGCUGCAAAGGAAUGUGGGAUAACAUAGCCUGCUGGCCAUCGGCCAAAGUUGGAGAACAUGUGGUGAUCCCGUGUCCAAAUUACUUCAGACACUUCUCUGAUCACCAUGAGGGUAACCUCUCGAAGACCUGCACUGCUGAUGGCUGGACUGAGAUGGACCCCAUGACAACCGCUAUGAAUUGUGGGUAUAAUCAUAACGGCACUGGUGAUGAUGACAGUUUCUUUAGAUCAAUAAAGAUCGGCUACACCAUCGGUCACAGUGUUUCUCUCAUUUCUCUCACCAGUGCCAUUGUUAUACUUUGUAUAUUCAGGAAACUGCACUGCACGCGGAAUUACAUCCACAUACACCUGUUCGUGUCCUUCAUCCUGAAAGCCAUUUCUGUGCUUGUCAAAGACGUGGUCUUGUUUGAUGUCAUUCAAGAAUCUGACACCUGCUCUACUGGAUCUGUUGGCUGUAAAGCUGUGAUCGUCUUCUUCCAGUAUUGCAUUAUGGCGAGUUUCUUCUGGCUCCUGGUGGAAGGUCUCUAUCUUCAUGCUUUAUUGGCCGUCUCCUUCUUCUCGGAGAGGAAGUACUUCUGGUGGUACAUUCUGAUCGGUUGGGGAGGUCCAGCGAUUUUCAUUACGGCUUGGAGUUUUGCCAAGGCUUACUUCAACGAUAUGGGAUGCUGGGAUAUAAUUGAGAAUUCUGACCCAUUCUGGUGGAUCAUCAAAACUCCGAUAUUAGCCUCAAUCCUGAUGAACUUCAUCCUGUUCAUCUGUAUCAUUCGCAUACUACGCCAGAAGAUCAACUGUCCCGACAUCGGACGAAAUGAAUCCAAUCAAUAUUCCCGGCUGGCAAAGUCCACGCUGUUGCUGAUUCCGCUUUUUGGGAUAAACUUCAUCAUAUUCGCUUUCAUUCCCGAAAACAUAAAAACCGAGCUGAGGCUGGUCUUUGACCUGAUUCUUGGAUCGUUUCAGGGUUUCGUGGUUGCUGUCCUGUACUGUUUCCUGAAUGGAGAGGUCCAAGGUGAAAUCAAGAGAAAAUGGAGGCGAUGGCACCUCGAAAGGUUUUUGGGUCCUGACACCAAAUACCAGCACCCAUCCAUGGGCAGCAACGGCACCAAUUUCAGCACGCAGAUCUCCAUGUUGACCCGCUGCAGCCCCAAGACUCGACGGACUUCGGCGUGCCAGGAUGAAACGUCCAUCACUAUCUAAAUUACAAGGCAGAAAAAAUGCUGUAUGUUGUCCGUGCGGUAUGUCGUCAUGCCCGAAAUGAGCUUAAGAGGACCAAAGUCAUGAAGAUCAUUCAUUGUGUUGUGGAAGUGUUCACCUUAUCAUUCACUCAGUGUGAACAUUGGCUCAGUGCCAACAAUCUGACACAUGUACAGGCUGUGUUAAUACAUGCUGUCCUGAAAUUAAAUUCACCAUUAACAUAAUUUGAUGAUUGAGAUAUUCGUUUACAAUUGAUACAUGAAACCGGAGAUGUUUUCCUGGAAAGCCGUGAGAUGCAGUUUCACACCGACGGCAUUUAUUGCAGACUUGGCCCUGCGGGGACACGAGUGCAACAGCGUCAUCAAGAAUGACUGAUGAUACGGUGUAAGAAAAAGAGGUUAGCGAUUCUCUUCCUGGAGUGCUCUUUAUGAAACAAUAUUUUUGCUUAUACAGUAAGUUAUUAAAAAAACAACCAAAAGUGGAUUGUUGAAUAUCCAAUAUAUGGAGAUACACUGUAGAGACCAAUUGUGAUGUUUCUAAACAUGUUGUUCAUGUCAUUUUUAAUGAAUUUUCAGACUAGUA